GGCAAAAAUCUAAAAAAAAAAUAAAUAAAUAGAGCAGGAAGAAGCAAUUCAUGGUGAUGGAGGUCCAGAGUUGUUGGUUACCUGUUGAUGGCAUCUUUCAGAGGAGGGCAUGAGGGGACCUCUGGUGACCUGAAAGUAUGUGCCUGCUGGAGGCUGCUUAGCUACGUAUAGAGGGGCACUUCAUCCGCUGCACACGUAAGCGCUCCCUUUACCGAAGUGCUAUACCAGCAAAAAGGAGAGCGAGAUCCUGAACAAUUCUAGAAGCAAUUGGCUCUGCCAAUGCCGUUCCACGAUCACCAGCUCACCAAGGCCACCAGCCUUCAGGCCCUUCGGGGUGGAACUCGGAAACUUCCGCUAUGAAGAACUCGGGAAGCCGUCUGCCGUGUAGACCCCGGAGCGUGCGUCUCUUUGGCGCUGUAUAAAUCUGAUCUGUGGGGGCCACCUGAGGUUGGGACGAAGCGGAAGGUAUCUGGGAGCGGGAUGAGACUGGCAUCACCUCCGGGCGAGGGGCCACGAAGUCUCUCCCAAGCCGAGGCAACUUUUGGAGUGGAAGGAGGUCCACUGAGGCUUGGCCAGGACCGCAGGCAGAAACCUGGAUGUCCCAGGCAGGGCGUCUGCAUGGACCCUCUGGAUCCAAAACCUGCCUGAUGACCUGGAAAGUAUGCAUACUAGGACAAGUGUCACAAGUCCUUUGGGGACAAGGACAGGGGCGGGGGUGGUAAGAGAAGGAAAUGGGCAAAGAGAAAAGGCGGCAAUCAGCCGGGGUGCAGACUACACGUGUGCUCUUCAGGGAAACGGGCCUGCGGUCCACACCCCGGCUGCUCCCCCUUCUCCUCCUCGAACUGACUGCCCUUUCCCUGGAACUCCUAAGCCUGACCCUACUCCCCGGCCCUCCCAGCCCCCGGUUCCCCUGACCCCACUCCCCUUCCCAGAACUCAGCUGCCUGAACCCCUGGCCUGCGGUUCCCUCCCAGGCCUCAGCCUUUCCUGCCUUGACUGAAACAGCAGCAUCUUCUAAGCCCUGGGGGCUUCCCCGAGCCCCAGCCCCGACCUAGAACCCGCCCGCCGCCUGCCACGCUGCCACUGCCGCUUCCUCUAUAAAGGGACCCGAGCGUCCGGGCCCAGGGGCCCCGCACAGCAGGUUCUCUCCAUGACACCAUCUGGACGUCUCUGCCUCGGGAGGGUGCACAGCGCCCCCCUCCUCCUCCUGCUUCAGGGGCUGCUGUUGGCCCUGCCGCCCGGGGCCCAGGCGCUCCCUGGGGUUGACCUUUCACCCUCAGCGGCCCAGGCUGCCCACCAGCACCCCCAGAAGCACUUGGCCCCCAGCACCCUCAAGCCUGCUGCUCACCUCGUUGGAGACCCCAGCGUGCAGAACACGCUGCGCUGGCGAGCGAGCACCGACCGCGCCUUCCUGCGCCACGGCUUCGCGCUGACCAACAACUCCCUGCUGGUGCCCAGCAGCGGCCUCUACUUCGUCUACUCGCAGGUGGUCUUCUCCGGGGAAGGCUGCUCCCCACAGGCCGCCCCCACCCCGCUCUACCUGGCGCACGGGGUGCAGCUCUUCUCCUCCCAGUACCCGCACCACGUGCCGCUCCUCAGCGCCCAGAAGUCCGUCUGCCCAGGGCCGCAGGGACCGUGGGUGCGCUCGGUGUACCAGGGGGCCGUGUUCCUGCUCACUCGGGGAGACCAGCUGUCCACUCACACAGUCGGCACCUCCCACCUGCUCCUGAGCCCCAGCAGCGUCUUUUUUGGAGCUUUUGCUCUGUAGAACUUGCCUGGAAAAAAUCCAGAAAGAAAGAAAAAAAAAAAAAAAGUUUCAGGGCCUUCUCCCCUCUGUUGCCUCCAUUCUGACAGUUUCAGGGGUCACCACCCCCUCUCCUUUGAUCAUUCCAACAGUUUCAAGUCUUCCCCAUUCAAGUCACCCAGAGCUUUCAAAGAAGGAAUUCGAGGCACUCCAGGGGACCACACCUCCCCAAACCACCCCACCCCGGAUGCUGGAUGUUCGGCUGAGGAUUUCAAACCUGUCUAGAAAUUCCCAGCGCAGAACCGUCCCUCUGUCCUGCCAGUCUAGGUGGGGCCUCAACCUGGACAUGGAAGCGAAGCAGACAUGUGGGGGACUGGGGGUGGCCGACUGGAAGCAGGGAGGGGGACUAUUUAUGAAAGAGAAAUGUUUAAAUUAUUUAUUUAUGGAAGAUGGAAAGGGGAAUAACAGAGAGAGAAGUGGGCCCAAGGGGUGAGCGGGGUGAAGACAGCAGCUCAAGGCCGACCUACAGAGAGAGCAGCGGUCUGCGGGGCAGAGGGGCCUAGCGGGGAGAGGAGGCCCCCAAGCCCAGCCACCCUGGAC